AUGACCUCUAUAAACCAUUACAAUAACUUGUGCCCUGUCACCCUUCAUUUCCCUGCUUCCACCUCUUGCCACUGCCCUGACCAUGUGCCGCCUAGGGAGCUUGGCGAGAAAUUUCAUGAAAAUAAAAAGUGCGAAAUUACCUCAAAUAACAACCCUACUAACAUCCUUAAUAAUCUCUGCUCUGGCCUUGAGACCUUUCUCGGCUUCAACUCUGCUAACAAAGGCUACAAUGGCACUGGGAUAGUGUACUCCGACCUUGAUAGGCUGUGUGACGGGGUGAUGGGAUUUUUGAGUGGUGUUCUCAGUAACAUCUACAAGCAUUUAGGGCAGCAUAAAAACACUUUAAAUGAUGCAAUUACGUCACUUAACACCAAUAAACACCUUGGUAAAAAAGGUUUUAAUGCUGCGAUUGUGAAGGUGGUCGCAGGGGUGCGGGGGUAUAAUGAUAAGGUGAAGAGGUCAAAUGAUGAUAUCAAGAGACCGAUUGAAACGCUAUUAACACAUGUCAAUGAAGAAGUUAUGAAGAAGGUAAGUGCAAUUUUAAAUGAUAAUGCUGCUUCAGGUCAGAAUACAUACAGUGACAAGGACAUCGAGAAAGUCAAGCGAGCCGUGACGGAGGCUACCAAUCUGGUCAAAACAUGCAUUGACUCGUCUAACGCCUAUUUAUUUGGCAUAGACAGCCAACGAAAAAACAUAAAUGACUUAAAUCACGAAUUAAAACUUAAUGUACAUAAUGUUACAAAACAUGUAAAACAUGAGAGUGGACGCCUUCACGACUUAGCGUGGAAGGCGAAGGGUGACUUGGAAGCAAUGGAUAAAGUCAUUAAUGAUAAGCUCAAAACGGUGAAAGAGAACGUUAAUUGCAGAAUAAAAAUAGAGGUGAAUGAACUUGUCGAAAAUCUGAAGUUAAAAGUCUCGGCAAUCUUGAUACAACUUAAGCAAAUUAGUGAGAAUCUGGCAGACAGUCUGAGCAAUCUAGAAUUGUGGAUGGAAAAAACCAAACAUAUGAUUGACAAUGCAGUUGCAAAGCUUGAUUUAAUCAUCAAUAAAACUGUUGGAAGAGAAAACCGAGAAUUCAUAACAUCGAUGACGGAGCAGAUUGGAAGAGAUGUUAAACAGCUUCACAGUGCGGGACAAGAUGCGAAAAACAGAGUAGCUGCGUUGGUUAGGGAUGCACAUCUGAAAGUACGUGAGUUACAGACGGCACUGCAGUUUGAUUUGGGCACAAUUAAAGAUGAGAUCAGAAGUAAGGUCAGCAAGGUUGUCUCAGCGAUUGUGUCGCUUGGGAGACAGUUUUACGACGGUAGCAUCAAAACGCCAACAAUAUUGAGGAGAUUAUAA